CACCACAAACCCAUAAUCUGAACUCAUCACUAGUCUCUUUCUUGAAAUUCCCUAUGAAAUUCAAGAAUCAUCCUAAACCCCUCCUUCUCAUCAUCAUCAACAUCUGGUCUCUUUCUUGAAACACCACACUAGAUCAGUUCUUGAUUCUUGAAACCAAAAGAGAGAAUUGAAACUCAGAAUUAAUAUAUAAGAUGAGGACUGGUGGCUAUACCUUCCAGCAGUCACUAACACAUGAAUCUGCAGGCAUUGUGAGGCAGGCAAUGAGCUUAGCUAGAAGGAGAGGCCACUCCCAUGUCACUCCUCUCCAUGUAGCUAGUGCAAUGCUGGCUUCUUCUUCUGGGCUGUUCAGAAGAGCUUGCCUCCAUUCCCACUCUCACCCUCUCCAGUGCAAAGCUCUUGAGCUGUGCUUUAAUGUCGCCCUCAACCGCCUCCCAACUUCCUCUUCCAACCCCAUUCUAGGCCCCCAUUCCCACCUCCCUUCCCUCUCCAACGCCCUCGUGGCCGCCUUUAAGCGUGCUCAGGCUCAUCAGAGAAGAGGGUCAAUAGAGAAUCAGCAGCAGCCUAUUCUAGCCUUGAAGGUGGAGGUUGAGCAGCUAGUAAUAUCCAUUCUUGAUGACCCCAGUGUGAGUAGAGUGAUGAGGGAAGCCGGGUUUUCGAGUAGCCAGGUGAAAACCAAUGUGGAGCAAGCUGUUUCCUUGGAGGUUUGUUCCAGUAAGGAAGCUGGGGCAAAACCAUUAGUCCUAGGAAACAACAAUAAUGUUUCUCAGUUAAGGUUGCCAUCAUUUAGCAAAACAUCAUCCUAUGAUCGCCCUAGUCAAGCAGUGAUCAGGGAUGAUGAUGUGAUGGGUGUUUUGGAGGCUCUUAUGAGCAAGAAGAGGAAAAACAGUGUGAUUGUUGGGGAGUGUUUGGCCACAGCUGAAGGGGUAGUUAGGGGAGUGAUAGAAAAGAUCAACAAAGGUGAAGUCCCUGGGGAGGACAUGAGGCAUGUGCAGUUCAUUAGUGUUCCACUUUUGACCCUGAGGAAUGUGUCAAGAGAUGAGUUUGAGGUGAAGCUUGGGGAGCUUAGAACCUUAGUGAAAAGCUACAUAAGCAGAGGUGUUGUUUUGUACUUGGGUGAUCUUAAAUGGGUUUCUGAGUUUUGGUCAAAAUAUGCAGACCAAAGCUCCCACUACUACUCUCCUGUGGAGCACAUGAUAAUGGAGCUUAGCAGACUUUUAUGUGGUGGUGGAAUAGGGGAAAAUAAUGGCAGGCUUUGGCUUAUGGGAAUUGCCACUUUUCAAACUUAUAUCAAGUGCAAAACUGGUCACCCUUCUCUCGAAACUCUUUGGUCUCUUCAUCCACUCACAAUCCCAGUUGGCACCUUGGCUCUUAGCCUCAAGCUUGAGAGUGAUCUGAAUGGUCAAUUUGGAAGCAAGGCAGCAGUACAAGAAGGAUCAAGCUGGGCACUUAGCAGACAACAUCAUAAUAGUAGUGUUGAGAAACAUCUGACUUGCUGUGCAGAUUGCUUGGCAAACUUCAACAAGGAUGCUAGAAACCUAGCCAGCCACACUCCUGUUGUUAAGACUGAGCCAACCACCACCACCACAAGCUUGCCUUCAUGGCUCCAAAAGUGCAAAGAAGAAGAGACCACAAGACAAACCACCAAUGAUCAACAGGAAUGUGAUAAGAUUAGUGAUCUGUGCAAGAAGUGGAACUCAAUCUGCAGCUCAAUUCACAAGCAGCAUACACUUUUUCCUGAGAAAACUUUGAGCUUCUCUUCACCAUCUCCUUGCUCCUCAGCUUCAAUAUCUUCAAAUGAUCAAAGAAGCUCCAAGUUACACCAAAGCCUUCUAAGUUGGCCAGUCAUCUUUGAAUCAAACCAAUCACCUAAAGAACACCAAUUCUUUGCAUCUGAAAAUGAAGCUGCAGUAGAGGGUACAAAUAGCAUGAUCCCAGAUACCAAGCCAGACCUAUUAUCCAACCCGAAUUCGAGUCCUAAUUCUGCUUCCUCUAGUGAAGCGAGUGGGAAUCAUCAUCAUCUUUCCAUGGAGUGUUUGAACAGGUUCAAUGAGGUCAAUUCAGAGAACAUGAAUAUUCUUUGCAGAGCUUUGGAGAAGAAAGUUCCAUGGCAGAAGGAUAGCAUAAUCCCGGAAAUAGUUAGCACAGUCCUUCAGUGUAGGUCGGGAAUGGCGAAGAAAGGGAAUAAUAAUAGAGCCAGAGAAAAGAAAGAGACAUGGAUGUCCUUCUUGGGAGUUGAUUCUGAAGGGAAAGAGAGGAUUGCAAGGGAGCUGGCUAGAGUUGUGUUUGGUUCCGAGGAUAAUUUUGUCCCCAUCGGGAUUAGUAGCUUAUCCUCGUCGGCGACGAGGGCCGACUCCGCCGAGGAAGAAGUGGUGAGCAAGAAAAGGGCGAGAGAUGAGCAAGGAAGAAGCUAUCUUGAGCGGUUCAUGGACGCGGUUCGAGAAAACCCUAGCCGGGUUUUCUUCAUGGAGGAUCUUGAUCAAGCCGAUUACCAUUCCCAAAAGGGAAUCAAGAAACUCAUUGAAAGCGGGAGCUUUACGCCGCCGCACGACGGCGGCGGCGAGGUGGUGGGAAUGAAGGACGCCAUUGUCAUUUUCAGCUGCGAAAGCUCCGGCUCGAGAGCCCCCUCUCCUCCUCCUUCCCCGCCAAAACACAUUCAAGAAAACAAAGAUCAAGAAAAGCCAUGUUGGGAUCUUAACGUUGCAAGUGAAGAUCAUAGUGACGAACGUUGUUCAACUCCGAACAAUAAUGCUGGGAUUUUGGAAGCUGUGGAUAAACAAAUCCUGUUUAAAAUUCAAGUCUUGUGAGAGCACGAAAUCACAAAUCCUGUCGGGUCGGAUGUGAAACUAGCACUCAGAAAAUUAUGUAGAAUUUUCCUUUUUUUGUUUAUUUUCAGUCUUUUUUUUUUCUUUGUUUGUAAUUUUAUGUUUAAAUUUCAAAAAAAGAAAUGGGGGAAAGGGGUAAAGUUAAGAUUAUCUGACAGGUCCCAUAGAUUUUAGGUGGAGUUGAAGUAGAAUGAAAUGAAAUGUACAUUUGACGUACACUUGUUUGUUCUUGUUGUGUUUUACGGUCAAUAAUUUUAAUAUAUUUUAUGGUUUUAAGCUGU